AUGGACAUAACACCCGUCUUCAACCAGGUCCUGGCCGCGCACGAUUCGCGGCCAGUAGAACCGUAUACUUUUCGCCUGCAGGAUCUGGACGAGUUCCUGAAGGAAGCAUAUCGCAUUCGAGCGCACAUUGCGGAGCUCCACGCAUACCUGAGAUCAAUACGGCAAAGCUACCUCUCCACCGCGCAUCCUACGCGGCGGAAACAGCUCACGCGCACGAACAACGCGAACGGCCUACUCCCUGUAGAGAAGGACACGAAGUACCUCACCGAUGCCCAGCGGACCGAAAUAGACGCCUCGGCGAAGCAGUUACUCCGAGAGCUUAAUCAUGCUAUCAGCGGGCUGCAGGAGACGGAGCAGGUGCGACAGGCUGCCCAAAAUGCAGUUGCAUUGAAGAAGCGCGCGAGGAAAGGCUUGGGUGCGCUGGGACGGUGGGCAGCAGGCGGCGCAAUAACUGCGAAAAGCCCCGACGAGGAACUCGAGGAAGCUAAGGCGAACACGAUCAAGGCGCACAGGGAGAGCAUAAUAUGGUACCUGCAACGGGCGCUGGAAGAAUGUGGCCGCUUCCAGAGUUCCAUGAUGGAGAUCAGGCUCACGCGAGAGGUCGAGAAGAGCAAGAGUGUGUUAUACAAGGCGAGAGGGACUAUGCCUACCACGGAGGAUUACAGCGGUAUGAACGGGGCACACAAUGCGGCGCCCGACUAUCGCGGAAAGACAGCGCAGAUGCAAGAAGCCGACGCGGUUGCAGUGGAGCAGCAGCUGGAUCCGGAACAACUUCAGCUAUUUGCGCAGGAAAACCAGGAUCUGCUAAAGCAAUACGAGGACCAUCUUGAUCAAGUUCGCACUGCGGAAAAGUCACUGCUCGAGAUUUCCGAGUUGCACACUACACUCGCAACCAAUCUCAGCGUGCAAUCCGAACACAUCGACCAGCUCGUAGUGGACUCAUUUUCGACGGCGGAGAAUGUCGGGACUGGGAACAAGGAAUUGAAGAAGGCGACGGAGAGGAAGAGCACUGCGCAGAUGGUGUUCUGGUCAACCUGCGUCUUCUGCGCGACGCUGGUCCUCUGGGACCUGUUCAUAUGA